CUGGCCUUAAGCCCCUCCCCUCUGCUGGAGCAGGCCUGGGUUGCACAACACUGCUGGGUUGGCUGCCGCUGAGCUGAGACCCUUCUCCGGGCACUGAGGCGCACAUCUUCCUGCCGUUCCUGGAUCAUUGGUGACUUGGUGAAGUUACAGCCUCAGUGCGACUGCUGCCUGUUCAUCACAUCCUGUGCUGUCCGUUGACAGUGUUGCCAUGGCAUCCUCUUUGAUGAGUCGUCAUCUUGCUCUCUCCCUGCAGAACAACCUGCGGCUCAGUGUUACAGGAUGCAGGUAUGUCAGUAAGGCAGCACCAAAGACCCAGGUGGAGUGUGACUAUGACGGACCCGCCAUGAAAACCCAAGUGCCUGGGCCACGAUCACAAGAACUGACAAAACAACUGGGAGAGAUCCAGAAUGUUGGUGCAGUAAAUUUUUUCUGCAACUACAAUGAGAGCAGGGGGAACUACUUGGUGGAUGUGGACGGCAACCGCAUGUUGGACCUCUACACUCAGAUCUCCUCUAUUCCACUUGGCUACAACCACCCUGCUCUCAUCAAACUGAUGGCCCAUCCAGACAAUUUGAGCACAAUUGUGAACCGACCUGCCCUGGGAAUCCUACCACCAGGCAACUUUCCAGAAAAACUUAUGGAGAGUCUUCUCUCAGUGGCUCCCAGUGGAAUGACCCGUGUUCAGACCAUGGCCUGUGGUUCCUGCUCCAAUGAAAAUGCAUACAAAGCCAUGUUUAUCUGGUACAGGAACAAGGAGCGAGGCCACAACACACCAUCAGCUGAAGACCUCAGUUCCUGCAUGGUAAACCAGGGUCCAGGUUGUCCUGACCUCAGUAUUUUAUCUUUUAUGGGAGGAUUCCAUGGAAGAACAUUGGGUUGUUUGGCAACAACACACUCCAAAGCAAUCCACAAAGUGGACGUACCAUCACUUGACUGGCCCAUCGCCCCAUUUCCCAAACUAAAGUACCCACUGGAGGAGUUCGCCAGAGAGAAUGCACAGGAAGAGGCUCGAUGUCUGGAAGAGGCUGAAGAUCAGAUAGUCAAAUGGAGGCACAAGGGGAAACCUGUGGCAGGGAUUGUGAUUGAACCCAUUCAGGCUGAAGGCGGGGACAACCACGCCUCACCAGAGUUCUUCAAGAGCCUCCGCAACAUUGCACGCAAGCAUGGCUGUGCUUUCCAUGUAGAUGAAGUCCAGACUGGUGGAGGAUGUACAGGAAAGUUUUGGGCCCAUGAGCACUGGGGCAUGGAUGACCCUGGUGACAUCGUCUCUUUCAGCAAGAAGCUCCUGACUGGUGGCUUUUACCACAAAAAUGAAUUACAAGCUGAUCAGCCAUACCGUAUCUUUAACACAUGGAUGGGUGACCCGUCAAAGAACUUGUUCCUCACUGAGGUCCUUAAUGUGAUCAGAACAGAAAACCUUCUAGAGGAGGUCACCCGCUCAGGAAAAGCCCUGCUAAAUGGCCUUUAUGAGCUGCAGACUCAAUACCCCGGCAUACUGAGCCGAGCUCGAGGACAAGGAACCUUCUGUGCCAUCGACGUCUGUGAUGAUGCAACACGUACCAGCAUCAUACUCAAGGCCAGAAACAAAGGUGUUGUUCUGGGAGGCUGUGGAGACCGAUCAAUCCGUUUCCGUCCAGCCCUGGUAUUCAAGGAGUACCACGUUCACCUCUUUCUCAACAUCUUCAAUGAUGUGUUGGCUCAGCACAAAUAAACCCUGACUCAGGAGGAAUAAGAUGACAAGAUCUCAAAACCAUGUUAAUCCAGACUGGACAGGGACGGUCACGACGGUCGUUUUGUUAACAAAAAUCGGGUAAUUAUACAGAAACAGUAUCCCAUAUAACCGUGAAUGUUUGCAAAUCUUCUUCUUAGCCAGAAAUAACAAUGAAUUUUAACACUACGAAUGAUCUUUUUUUCUCCGGAGUCAUGUUCUUGUAUGCAGAGUAUUGAGUCAACAGACUAACAUCAGAUUUAACAGACUGAUGUAAAAUCUGGAACCAUGCAUGCGACACCUUCAAACUGCCAGUAUCAGUAAUAAAGAAGUACAUUAACAUCUAAAGCACACUAGUUUGUAUUGGAGAAACAAGUUAGCCACUUGUGUUCUAAAAUCAGACAUCUUUUCUUUUUUUGUGUUUUUCACAUUAAUAUUUUUUAACUUAUAUCCUGCCAAUGAAUCUUUUUCAGAUCAGCAGCAAAUUUUACUAGCCAAAACAUUAUUCACAUAGAUUUUUUUUCCAUCUUUCUGCUGCAAAUAAAAAUGCAUUUUACUAAUCAGAAUAUAGCAUGUUGAAACACAAACAACGCAAAACCAGUCAACAGGGCAGAUGGUCUGGGUCAUUUCCUUACAAACUGCAGCUAUAUAAUUAAAUUCUACUAAUAAAUAGUUGUUUGUGACAUUAAUCUUCAAUCCAAAAUGUCCUGCCACUCCUUGUUUUAUUAAUAAUUAGCACCAGGUAAUAGUCACCUCAUGCUGCUUAAUUCUUCUAGUCAAUUACUAGAAACAGUAUGUAGAGAUACCUGCAGUAUCAUGUUGAGGUGAAUAUGUUGUGCAUUUAAUUUGGUGUUUUGCAAUAUUUACAUCAUGAAUUCUAUGUUAAUGUUCUAAUGUACAGUUGACUGUUUUGUAUCAAAAACUAUUGAGUGGUUUCUAGAAUAAGUAAAUAUUUAAUUUAUUUUUUUAUUUAAUUUUCUACAUCUCCCUAAACAUCUGUGCUAUUAAAUUAACCUAAUAUUUGUUUUACUGUUUCUAUAACGUUAGUUAUACACGUUAAAGUCUAUUAUUUACAAUGCUCUGUAUUCCUUGGUUUUCCAACCAUUAAAAUUGCUGUUGGUGCACACAACAUUAAAUCUUUUAUUAUCUAAUUAAUUUUAUAUGUCUGAAUUUCACAGGGUUCAGAGAGUUGGUUCCUUUUAACCACUAGUACAAGUAAAUGCACAAAAGAAAGAGCCUUAACACAGCCUAGAUCCUAAAUAACAUUGGUAAUAGUACCCUUUGUAGGUGUCUUUUGGACACUUAAUUUUAGUGUUCAGUAUCCAUCCCACAUACAGUAUCUGUCCCACCAUCUGACUGUGGGACUGAGUCAGACAAAAGCGAGGACUUUAGUCAAAGAUGACUCUGCGAACAUGCAAUAAAUCAGAGGGUCCCAGCCUGGAUGUCAGUUCAGUCCAUGUCCAUUAAAAAUGUUCUUGUAAUGAUUCUUAUGUUGCCCUCACUAUGUCUUAUAAUAUGUUGUAACCCAGAAAAAUGUGAAUCUUAAAUGGACCAUGAAAAUAUAGAUUUAGUGCCUGCAUGUUUCUGAAAUGUCCUUUUUUUGUUGUUGUUUGUUUAGCUUUGCCUCUUCUAAAAUGAAUAGGACCUCUUUGAAGUCUUUACAAAGUCCUUGUCUUAUUGUACUUGGUUAUGAUUUAAUAUUGGACCCGUCGCAUUUAUGACAGAAAAGACCAAAAGAUUCAGUUAAUUAAACAUGGGAAGAGGCUCAUCAGCCCUGCACUAAAUUAAGAUGUUUUUCCUCUUUUCUUGAUUCAACCUGUGCUUAUACUUCAACAAUUUAACUGCUCUUGUUCUCCUUAUUACAGUAGCAGGUAUCUAAUACCCAAUCAGGAUCCGACAUGUUCCCAAAUUGUAGAUGAUUGGCUUCAGGUACAGGUCUGUAAAGACUCGCUAACCAAGGUAGUACAAGCAUGUACGUGAAAUCUUGUACAGCUCUCAGUUUUAUACCAGGAGUUUUAUUGUCUAAUUUCCCUGCAUCUUGAUGUGCUGUUUCUGUAGAAUGUUUCAGAACUACGUCAGUGUCUGAAUGUUCCUGGACAAUUUUUGAGCUACUGUUUGGAAUGUGUAACAGUUCAUUUCAAGUGCUACCACAAUAAUUUAUUGUUUAUUUGCUAAAAUCUAAUAUGAAUAAAUUAUGAAAAUAUUAACAUAUUUUUCAUUCUUAUUACAGAAAUUAUAUCCAGUCACUUUAAUGUAGAGUAUUCGUUCUUGAUAGUAAUGCACUGUCAAUUUGUCUUAUAUGAAUUUCUUAGACGUAACAAAUACUUUAAUGAACUCCUCAGAAGAAAAGUGUAGAUCUUGUUGUUAAAUAAUAUGAUGAUGAUGAUGAUGAUGAUAAUGGUGCCUGUUUCCUUGUUGUCAGUCUGUAUUACAGAGAGAUCUUAAUAUCCUUGAUGGGAUGACCUUAUUUGAACCUUUUUGACAUUUACCAAUUGCAUUGGUUAUCUGAAGUUGAUGAUUACUGACUUUAUUUUAGAUAUCUCUGUUGCUGUCUAUAAAUGACCCUGUCCUAUGUUGUGUGAUUAAUAAACCAUGGGAAAUUUUUGUGCAAUGUA